GAUAUCCGGGCCACCGGUGUCCCCAAUCCUGUUUCCUACAUACCGACUGUGACGUCAGGAUUGACCGAUAAGAUGACCUUCUUACAGAGGGUCAAGAACACCCUGUUCUACUUUGGGCUGACCACAAUAGGACUCUUCAUGGAGAGGAACAUAGACGAUAUUGCAAGAAGAACGAUUGGAAACAACUACACCAUGUCUGCUGCCUUGGCAAGAACCGACGUGUGGCUCUACCAAUCAGACCUCAUGUUUGACUUCCCUAAACCUAUCAUGCCAAAUAUGGUCAACAUAGCGGGUCACAUGGCAGAAGAGGUCAAGCCGCUCAGUGAGGAUCUCGAAAGGUUCAUGCAGAGCUCUGGAGAUGCCGGAGUCGUGAUUGUAACGUUCGGCUCCAUGAUAGCGGCUAUGCCGGCAGAGACAGCCGACAUGCUGGCCGCUGCCUUUGCCCGUCUGCCGCAGAAGGUUGUGUGGCGCUACGCUGGGACGCCACCUCCAAGUCUGGGCUCCAACACCAAGACCAUGCAGUGGGUACCUCAGAGCGACUUAUUAGCCCAUCCCAAGACAAAGGCCUUUGUAUCACACUGUGGCUACAACGGUGUAUCAGAGGCCAUGUACCACGGGGUUCCCUUGAUCGGCAUGCCUCUGUUCGGUGACCAACACGACAACAUUGCCCGGGUGGAGGCCCGAGGGAUGGCCGUGACACUAGACAUCCACAGUGUGACGUCAGACGAGGUUUACCAGGCCAUCACUACCGUUAUUUCCGAUCCCAGGUAUAAGGAGAAAGCCAAAUUCGUCUCCACCUACCGCCAAGACCAACCACAGUUACCCAUGGAGCGAGCAAUAUGGUGGAUAGAACACGUCAUCAAACAUGGCGGCCUCCCUCAUCUGAAGUCGAGGGCAGUUGAGCUGCCCUUCUACCAGUACUAUCUGUUGGACGUGAUAGCUUUGAUCGUAUCUGUCAUUGCUGUUGUGUUGUUGGUUUGCUGGAAGUGUUGUUUGUUUGCAUGUGGCAUUUGCAAACGGAGUAGCACCAACAUCAAACAGAAAUCUAACUAACGUCUGUGUGCCAAAUGUGUCACAGAGAAAAAUAAGUCAAUCUGCACAUGUAUUAGAAAAAUGUCGAAGUCUACUUUGGUUUUCCUUUCAAUGCAACAGGCGCGCUUGGAGCUGUAACUUUUUAGAAUGUAAAUACACAAAAGUGGCUAUGCUUAAUACUAACUAAGAUUAUUUGCAGAUCAUCAAAAUAAUAAAUUUAAGAAACAAAAUGGGAAGAAAAGCACUGGAGUUGUAGUAUUGUGUAACAGAAGGGUCAUGUUAUCGACAUAGAACUUAGAAAGUAGUGAAAAUUUAAAAACAAAUUGUUUGAAAAAUGCAUUCAAUAAAGACAUCAGGGUUA